AUGUCUCGUGACAAGGCACAUAGCGCCGUGCAGCAGGCGGCACGACGACGACGGCCUACAGGUGGGGAGCACCAGCGGCACCGUGCGAAGCUAGCGCAGGUCUUGCAUACGCCCACGGCCACCGGUGUGUUCAUGUCCUGUGCGCGCGGCAAGGAACGCAAGGCCGCUCGUGAAUUGGCCGAUGUGCUGCGUGAGUACGAAGCACGUAUGUACGCGGACAUGGACGAGGAUGAUAUGGAUGCGCUACGGAACGGCCCUGCGCCGCCGUCGACAGCGACGACGACGACGACGACGGCCUCGAAAAGCCACAGCGGCGCGUCGCACGACGAUAUCGAGGCGCAGAUCCAGCAAGAGCUGGCGUCGUUGCAGCAGCCGAACGCCGUCGCGUCCGCGACGCACCAUGAUACGCCGACACGUAUCUCCGUGUUGGACACGGAUACAGAGUGCUUAUGCUUUCUGCAAUGUGCGCCGCCUGUGGACGCUCAUACGCUCGCCAAGCGAUUCUUGCAGGAUGUUGCCACGGAUGGCGAGUCACGUAGUCGAUAUGUGCAGCGGAUCUCACCGGUACGCAUCUUGUGCCGAGCGGAUCUCGAGGCCAUUAAAGCCGCAGCGACCAAAGCGCUGGCGUCUACGUUCCCAGCGAGCCAACCACGCACGUAUCGUAUUGAGCCGCGCAUUCGAGCACACACCUCGCUAUCUCGCGACGUACUCAUCCCGCUCAUUGCGUCCUGUGUGCCUUCGAACGCGGAUCACCGCGUCGACCUGGCCCAGCCUGACGUGCUGAUUGUCGUGGAAGUGCUGCGCAAUGUAUGUGGUAUAGGCGUCCUGGACGAGUACGAGGCGCUCGGCAAAUGGAAUGUACAGACGCUGGCGACGCGGCAGGGCACGGUACUGUCGCGCACGUAA